AUGAAGAAUUCUGGAAGCUGGAAGAUUGUUCAAAAAUUUACACAUAGGCACUUGUGGUGUGUGGCUGAAAAUGACAUUGAUGAAAGACCUAGUUCCUCAGGACUAUCAUACCAAGAUGAUACAUGUGUUGGUUCUGAAGUGCAAGUUAAUGAAGGAGAUAUGGAGAUAACUGGACAUCAGGAUGCUGACGAAUCUAUUAAUGUCAGUGCAAGUGUGGUUGAUGAAUUUCGAGUGCAACGAGAAGAGGAAGUGGAAGAGUAUGAGACAAGCGAUAAUGAAGAUGAAACUGGAUGGCAAUAUGCUAGUGACAACGAAGAAUCAAUAACUAUUGUCAAUGACGAUGAUGAUUUCAGCGAUAACGAGAGACGUGCUCGUGGUUUUUCAUUAAUUCCAGAUUUAAAAGCACAUGUGAACAAAUCUUCGCAGGCGCUACACCACGACCCCACCCACGCCCGUCUUCCUCGCCUCAACACCCCCACCCACGCCCGUCUUCCUCGCCUCAACGCCGCCACCAAAUCCAACCGCCUGGACGCCACCGCCCCGCCCCACCUCGGCGCCGCCGCUCCAUCCAACUGCCUCAACGCCGCCAUCCAUCCAACUGUCUCGGUGUCUGCUCCUCACUACCUGGCCGUGUUCAAGAUGCCCCCUGGAAGGAUUAGAGAUGAGGUGCCAAUUACUAAGUAUGAAAAGGAGAGGGCUUUAAAUGUGAUGAGGAACAACAAAAUGUUGAGUAGCCUUGGUAUAACUGGAUUAACAUCACUUAUUCGAUCAAGUAGUACAAGGAAGAACUCUAUCGCUCGUGAAGACUUUGAUCCAUUGUAUGAACCUGAUCAUAGUGAGGACAAUGAUCAUCAUGUGGCUGAUCAGGAUGAACCUUUCUACAUUGAAAGAAGGACCACCAACAUGUCUACUGGUUUUGGAGGAACAAAAGGAUCCAAGAGAGUGGUAGCACCUAAUGUAGAAGACCAAGUUGGUAGAGUAACUAGGCAGAAGACAAAGGAACUAUCCUUAGUUGAGAAAGAUAUACAUGGUUCGACUGCAAAUACAGAUGAGCACACAUUGAUUUCUGCCAAUUUUCCUGCACACCAUGAUGACGAGAUUCAGAUGUGUGAUGAAGGUCAAAUAGAUGUCAUGACAGAUAAAUGGAUAAGGGGGAAAAGUAUGGGCAAACAAUUGGAAAGGAUAAGUCAAGGCUUAAACACUAAGAUCCCAUUGGUCAUCACCGAAGGGAAUAGACGUCCUAAGGUUCCUAUGCAAGCUGCAAUGCUUGCAUCAGAAGGAGGAAUUGUAAUUAGGCAACAUAUGCCGAUCCUAACACACUCGAAGGAAUACAAGAAUGACAAAUCCUAUUUGGAAGACUUUGUCGGUAGAAUUGGUGGUCAAUUUGCCAUAGACACCAAAAACCAAGAUGUCAAAUAUGCAUGUGCUGAUUUGAUGAGGUGUAAUCAGCGACAAAUGAGAUAUAAGCUCAAGAAGGCUUACUUUAAUGGUGUGGCAGUUGACAAAGUGAGAACAACAUCACCGUUGAGUACUAUGACAGAUGAGCAAUGGAUGCAACUAGUCAAUAUGUGGUCUACCCCAAAGCACAAGGACAAAUGUGUGAACAACAAAGUGAUUCGUGGAAAAGUUCGGUUCCAGCAAAAGACAGGAUCUCGGAGUUACAUUGCACAUAUGCAUGCCGCGGUAAUAUACAUAUACAAUAUGUGUUCAAUUGUUCCUCACCUAUCCUUUAUGUUUGAAUCUUACAUUUAG